GUGACUUAGAAUAAAGUAAGGAAGCAGUGCAGCAGAGAGAGAGAGAGAGAGAGAAGAAUAUGUAAUUUAGGAGUUGGUGUGUGUAUAAAUGUGGAUAUUGGGAGUGGUUGCGUACGGAGAACACCAUAUGAGAUGCCUUCCGAAGGAGAGGGAAGCACUCCUCCAAUUCAAGGCUGCCAUUGUUGAUCCUUACGGCAUGCUCUCCUCUUGGACCUCUCCCGACUGCUGUCGGUGGGAAGGGAUUCGCUGCAGCAACCUCACCGCCCAUAUUGUAAGCCUCGACCUUCACGGAGGCUAUUAUGAUGAAGUCUCUCGGCGUUACAUCAGCGGAGAGAUCCACAAGUCAUUAACGGAGUUGCGACAAUUACAGUAUUUGAACCUCAGUCUCAAUUCUUUUCCAGACAUUAAUAUUCCAGGGUUUAUUGGCUCCCUUACCAACUUGAGAUAUCUUGAUCUCUCUUCAUCUCGAUUUAGAGGAAAUAUUCCAAAGGAAAUCUGGAUUAUUAUAGGUGUGAAGUAGUGUGAGUGAAGAAAUGGAAUUAUUGUUGAAGAUCGAAAAAACAGAGAAAAGAGCUACUUCACUUGAAUUUGAAGAAAGAUAAAUGAGGAAGGUUUUAUUAGAUUUAUUUUCUUUAAAACUUUCUUUCUUGGCUAUUUUUAUUUUGUAAUAAGUUUUUGAAAACAAUUGGGCUUGGGGGAGCCCAUUGCAGUUGGGCUUAGCCUUUCAAUCUGACUUUAUUACAUGUCAAGUUGUUUAUAAUAAAAUGACUUGAUGAAUGUUCAAAACGUUGGAAAUGACAUGUUAUUGAUUUUUGAA